UCAGUCGCCGUUAAUAUUUGUCGGCGCAGAGCUCUGGUCAACAACUGCAAAACAAGAAAAUUAGAGUUUUUGUGCAAAAAAAACAUUUUUAUUAUUUAAGUUUAAUUAUAUUUUAGUGAAAUCAUGUUUUCCAAGAAAAAGAAAAAACCUCUUAUUUCCAUGCCGAGUAAUUUUGAACAUCGCGUACACACGGGUUUCGAUAAACGCGAACAGCGUUAUGUGGGGCUUCCAUUGCAAUGGGCAUCGAUUGUGGGCAAUAAUCAAAUACUGAAAUCAACAAAUAGGCCACUGCCAUUAGUGGAUCCCUCAGAGAUUACACCAACGGAAAUUUUAGAUUUAAAAACUAUAGUGCGACCACACCACAAUAAUAACAAAGCCGAUGCGACAUCAUUAAAUAGUAGCAUAGCUAUGCAGUCAGCAGGUGGGGUAGGUGCAGCCGUUGUUGGAACAGGAGGCGUUGGUCAGCAUAGCCACACAAUGGCUGCUGAUAAUGGUAGUAGUACGGUAGGUCCAGGCGGCGGCAUAGUUCUACCAAAAACUUCACAUGUGGCAAGGUCAAAUUCAUUGCGUAGUUCAAGUCCGCCCAGAAUUCGAAGAGAUUUGAGGGGAAAUGCUAAUGUACCACCCGCAGUUCCCGAGGAAACAGUAACUCCUAGCACAGCAAGUACUAUGUCGGGUCAUUUAAUGAAUACAAAUGUCAUGGGUGGCUUUAAACCAACACAGCCGUUACAACAAAACACAUUGGCCGGUGGUGUCGGCCAGGGUGGGGCCGUCGUCGGUCAUGGUAUGUAUGGGGCGCAGUCAACGCAAAAUGGUAUAACUGGUGGUGGUCCUUUAGCGGUCCGAACUGAUUUUGGCAGUCAAUCUGCAUCUGGCGGUUCUCUACAAUUCCGUCAAGGAACUACACAUCUGCAUGCCCAACAAACUUCACCUGUCGGUUCCAUUGCGAGUAAUACACGUUCUACACACUCACAUAUAUCUUCACAUUCGCAUGGGCAUCAUAUGAAUAACAAUACAACGAAUAUAAAUAGUUUACCCAUGUAUCCUUCACCGCAGGGUCAAAUGCAUGUGCCACCAGCUUUACCCCCACAUGGCCAACAUCACCAUCAUCAUCAGCAACAGAUGCAACACUUGACACAACAACAGACAGCUAAGCCAUUAGGACCUGGUGGUAAUGUAAUUAUGUCGGCAGAUCAGAAUCAAAAUCCUCAUCAUUCACAUUUACAUGCAAAAACAGCAUCUCGUGCUUCGAGUUCGAGCGGUGGGGCCAGUGGUAUUGGGGCAACAAGUGCAACAGGCGGUAGUACAGCGACAGCUGGUCAACCUAAACAAGAACCACGGUUAACACAUGAACAGUUUCGAUCCGCUUUACAAAUGGUGGUUUCCGCCGGUGAUCCCCGUGAAAAUUUGGACAAUUUCAUGAAGAUUGGUGAAGGCUCAACAGGCACCGUUUGCAUUGCCACUGAUAAAUCAACUGGCCGUCAAGUUGCUGUUAAAAAGAUGGAUUUACGCAAGCAACAACGACGUGAGUUAUUAUUCAACGAAGUUGUCAUAAUGCGUGAUUAUCAUCAUCCCAAUAUUGUGGAAACCUAUUCAAGUUUUCUGGUCAACGAUGAACUUUGGGUAGUUAUGGAGUAUUUGGAAGGCGGUGCUCUAACCGAUAUUGUAACACAUUCUCGCAUGGACGAGGAACAAAUAGCUACAGUGUGUAAACAAUGUUUAAAAGCAUUAGCCUACUUACAUUCACAGGGUGUUAUACAUCGUGACAUCAAAUCCGAUUCAAUUCUUUUGGCAGCCGAUGGACGAGUUAAACUAUCUGAUUUCGGCUUUUGUGCACAAGUCUCACAAGAGUUGCCGAAACGUAAAUCCUUAGUUGGAACACCUUACUGGAUGUCGCCAGAGGUAAUAUCGCGUUUACCCUAUGGACCAGAAGUCGAUAUAUGGUCACUUGGUAUAAUGGUCAUUGAAAUGGUUGACGGUGAGCCACCAUUCUUUAAUGAACCGCCGUUGCAGGCCAUGCGACGUAUACGCGAUAUGCAACCACCAAAUUUGAAAAAUGCUCACAAAGUAUCACCACGUUUGCAAUCAUUUUUAGAUCGUAUGUUGGUGCGUGAUCCAGCUCAAAGAGCAACAGCAGCUGAGCUCUUGGUACAUCCUUUCUUAAGACAGGCCGGUCCACCUUCACUUUUGGUACCACUAAUGCGUAAUUCAAGACAACAUUGAUUUACUUUUUUUUUAAUUCUUCAUUUCAUGGCAAGUUUUCUUUUUUUAUUUCAUUUCUUUCUUAUUAUUAUAUAAACUGUUUCCUUUCCCCUUUCAUAAAGAAAAAAAACAUUCAUUCCCACUUUUUUACAAAAUAGUAUUUUCCACUUUGAAACUUAACAUGUAUUCAUUUUGGCAGUAUGUACUACUAAUUUAUAGAAAUAAUAUUAUGUAUUCGUUUAACAAAAAAUUAUUGAUUUUACACCCAUUUAUUAUAUAUAUUUUUGUUUUACUUAUUUUUUUAUACAUAUAUAUUUUUUUUAAUUAUUUUUAUUUAUGAUUUUAUUUGGCAUUUAUUUUGUUUAGUUCAUAAUUUAUAUAAUUUUGUGUGUAUUUUUUAUUAUUUCCUUUAAGUGCCGUUAAGAAAUGAUAAAAGUCAAAAUAUUAAAACACAUAAAACAAAUCCCCAUUUAUAUAUAUAUACAUUAAAACAAAAAUAUUUUAAAUAGUUUCAAUAACAAUAAAAUAUGUAAUAAGUAUGAAACAAGCAUCCUUUUGAAAUAGAGUGCCUUUAUGUUUGUAACACUUUUACAUAAGCAGCUACAUACAUAAGUAUUUACAUAACAACAAACAACAACGAAUAAGUCUUUUUUUAAAUUAAAAAAAAAAAAUCAUAAGAAUCUUUAAAUUUCAUACAUUCCUCGAAUAUAUUAUACAAGAAUUUAUUUUAUUGAAAAAGUUUAUUUUUGCAUUUCUUACUUUUUUUAUUAUUAGAUUUACAAAAUUUGAUAAUGUAUCAUUAAAAAUGAAAUGUUUAACAAACAUUCCUAAUGAGCCUUCGAAUACUUUUAGAGAGAGAAUCGGCUUUAAAAAUUGUUAUAUUUCAGUAAUAAAUCAAGUCAAUUAAUAAAA